AAAACUAGGAAGCGUCCAAAGGGUUUGCCAGGACAGCCUUAAUCCAAGAGUUCCUAGUCCUACCAGACCAAAGGGCAGAAGGGCGUGCCAUUACCAGCAUGAGAAUUCCCUUAUAAGCGUUUGGGACGUCACGACAGAGCAAACAUCGUUUGUGAACUGCUCAAAGCUUAUAGUUCUGCCUCAAUCCAACCGUAUUCAACCCAAAAAGUUAUAUAAUAGACCAUGAACCAGGGAAAGGUGCCGAAAAUACACCCGGGGCAGCCUCAAUUCCGGUAUCCUAUUCCCGAGACUGCAUGGUCGGUGGUGAUCACCACAACUGGUCACCACUUUUAUCACAAUUCUGCCGAGGGCCGAUCGGUGUGGAAAAUCGAAGACGACACGUUAAGACUGCUGCUUUACGAUAAGAUCAACAGGGAUGAAUUGUUGUUAUUAAUUGCCAGGGCCAGAGGAUUGAACGUGGAGGCGUUUGUGCAACCGACAGACAAGAGUGCAGAAGAGAGUGAGGUGGUUUUCCAGAUCCAAAGAACCGGCAUUGAGAAUGAGCCAGAGACUUUGGAACGCAUGGAAGAAGCGGCAGCGCCUGUAGGAGCGCCAAAACUUUUAACCAGCACGUUGCUCAGUGGUUAUGCAUCCUCAAGCGAGGAUGAUGCACCGGAAGACGUACCAGAGGUCGCACCGGAUGAUUCACCGGAAGAGGCUGCUACGGAGGAAUCAGAAUCGUCUGACAAAGACAUCUAUAACGGCGAUUUGGACCUUGGACUUUCAGACGGCGAGGAGCUAGCAGUUAAGGACACCGCACAGUCUAGAGAAAUGAUAGCACAAUUUAAACAGCUCUUUGAUCGAUACCAACUAAACCCGUUCAACGGUUGGGACACCGAGUGUGAGAGCUUGGCCUCGGAGCCGCUUUUCUUUGAGAUAAGCGAUGACAAAGUAAGACUGAAAAUCUUCAACGAAUGGUGUAAAGAGAAAAAUCUCAAAGCACAAACGCGAGACAAAUCAGAUCAGGAAGAAUUGCACGACCGUUCCAUUGCCUCGUUACUCCUACAAGCCAGUCCCUCGACCAACCCAAAGUAUGUGUAUCUACGGUUUUUAGAGAGUACCAUGAUUACGGACCUGAAAAAGCUUUCCAAGAGAUAUAAGCUAUUCCUGAAGUUCAAGUUCUACAUCGAUUUCAAGCGCAAGUACAGGACAGACGAGGCGUUCAAGGCAACCAGUUUAUCCGACAAGGAGAAGGAGAAGUGCUUCCGCGAGUACAUCGGACUUUUUAACAAGACAUUGAGACUGUUGGAUGAUGAAACACUUGGGGAGACCUUUUCACAGAACGCCAACGCAUUGUUGCUAACCACCGUAUCCCACCUGAAGGUGCUAAACGUGCAAUUGCACCAUUUGACUCCCCCUGGCGAGGAGUUGUCUGCAUUCCUAGAUGAAUUCAAAACGUACUUGGCGGAGAAUUCAGCGGUCUUGUCAACGGAGGAAUACUACAAAUUGCUCAGCUUACUAGUGCGAGAGCUUAUGGUACCGGAUUCGUUUUUGGAAGACGUGAAUUUGUUCCUUGUGGAUGACAUUCGUGCCCGUCUAGCCACCAUUUUCGAGUACUGUUACUCCAAAUUAACAUAAGCAUGUACAUUACGGCGCUGCUAUCUCGGAACGUUUAAUGCUCCGGGCCGAACGUUGCAAUCACUUGUAAGCUAUAUUUAGAGAAUACCAGGGUACGGCUGAGAUUAUUACAUCACACCGCGUUUUCCUGAGCGGAGAAGGAAAAAUGUCAACAUGUUGGCUACCGAACCUUUAAAAAGUGACGCGUUUUUAAGACCGGAAGGCUUUCGCAGAGCCAAUGGGGCGGUGCUGGAGAGCGGCAUGCCACCGGAAAGAGCGUGGCCGUGCAGAGAUGAAGGAAGGGGCACCAUUCAUGCGCUAAGAUCCGAGCACCUGGGUAAAGUGUAGCCGCGCCAUUUAACCGAUUAUUUACAUAUAGUC